UGUCCUUUUCACUCGUCCCCCACACGGCUCCACAAAGCUUCUCUCGUGGGCCAUCGUUCUUAAUCCGAACGUGUCUUGUGUUGCCCACUCCAGUCUGUGAGCACCUGCCUGUCACAAGCGUCCCUGGAGCUAGACUUCCGUCGAUUGAUGCCCUCGCUCGUCGUCAUCGCCAAUACCCACAAUUAGUCGCGUCUUCGACACAACAGCACCACCUCACCCACACCACCCAUCAAACCCACCCAACACGCCUCAAAUCAUGGACGGCGACCGCUUCCGCCAGCCCGGACUGUCACAGUACCCGUCACUAAGCCAGCAACAAUACAAUGGCAUGCAGCACCAGCUGCCCACGCUGCCGCCUCUCCACAGCGGCUCCCAGUAUCCCUCGUUGUACGGCCACAGUAGCAACCCUCAGACGCCCCAGCCGGGCACGCCUGUAACCUCUGCGUCCAAUGCGAGUACCACCAUGCCGCCCCUACAGCACCCGCCGCUCAGGCCUAUCCAACCGUCGCCCUCCGCAUACUUGCCCAUGUCGUCGGCCUACUCGCAAGCGCCUAUGCUUUCCACCGCAUCCGCAUACUCGAACGCACAGCAGCAAGCACCCACACAGGGCAUGGGCAUGUCACACCCGUCGCUCUACCCUCACCCCCCUGUCCUCCCCAACCAGGAGCCUGAGCCCGUCCACGUUGUCGGCCAACAGGGAAGGCGCGGCGUCCUGCCCACACACCCAGGCCGCCCUGUGCCCGCGGCGGGCAAGGCGCCUACCACUGCUUCGAAGAAUGCCGAGGGCAAGUACGAGUGUCCCCACUGCAACAAGACGUAUCUGCACUUGAAACAUCUGAAGCGCCAUCUUCUGCGACACACGGGCGAGCGACCCUAUCAGUGCCAUCUCUGCAAGGAUACCUUCAGCCGAAGCGACAUUUUGAAGCGUCACUUCCAAAAGUGCUCAAUACGAAGGGGAAACCCCACUGGCGCAAACCACUUGCAGCAUGCGCAACAGCAUCUACAGAAGAACAGGCAGCCUGGUGGCGCAGAGCAGAACUCGUACCUCAACCACAUUGGCGCCACCUCGAUGCCUUAUGCCGAAUCAGGUUACACAAUGGGUAUGCCACAGAUGCCUACUGUAGGAGCUAACGGGUUUGCCGAUAAUCUGCCCUCUAUUGCCAAUCAUCAAUCAAUGUCCGCGCGGACAUCGCGAUCGAACAGCCUGAUACGACCCGGCAGUGGCGUUGAAGAGAACCGCAGGAGCAUGUCCGCUUUGGAGUUUGCAAACCCCAGGAUGAACUUCAACGAUUUCCGACCGGAUGGCGUCCCCAAUGGGUAUGCGCAGCAGCAGCAACAACAGGCUCAACACGGCUCCAACGUACAAGAUGGUGGCAACCACUACAACUACGACCAUGCAGCUGGUAACAAUGCCAUGGCGCAGAACGGUAUGCCUGUCAAGACCGAAGGUGCGGAAUCUGCUUCCUACGGAGUCGCACCGUUGCCAAACGUAGAUGGCAUCUCCAACGGCCAGGACGGCACAAUAUGGCGGAAUGGAUCGUUCAACGGCGAGUCGCACCUUUUGAAUUCCAGCACGACCUCUGAAGAUGAUGCACCAAAUGAUACCAUGUUCGGGCGGUACUCGUAUGCUCCCGGUUUUGUCGACUCUUCUCCGCUUCUUGAUAACUGGUUUCUCGGCCAAUCUACUUCUGAUCCAUUGCAACACCUCUCCCAAGCGCUCCUCACUUUUUGCCUCCCGCAUGCGCCCACUCCCCCGAAUCAACGCUCGGGUGAGGCUUACGCCCAUGAAAGACUCCAAGGCAUCUUGACCGCAGACAACGUAAAGGCAUUCUUACACGAAUAUAGACAUUUCCACUCGCACUGGCCCCUCAUACACCCACCAACAUUCGAUCCCUUUACCGCAGACCAGGGGCUCGUUCUAGCCAUGUGUUGCAUUGGCGCUGUCUAUUCUGAUAGGCUGAGUCCUAAGGACGUCCGCUGGAUGAUGGAGUUUGUCCGCGCGUGCGUCUUGAGAUCGAGUCAGGUGUACAGGCUAGCCCAGAAUCCGCAACAAGCUAUCGACUUGAAUCAUAGUUCAUCAGCUACUACCGACGAGCUGCAGGCUCUGGUCCUCUUUCACUCUUUACUCCUGUGGCAUGGUUCUCAGCAACAGCGCCAUCAAGCACGAGAAGAAUUUUGGGCGCUUGCCACUGUCGCCCGUCGUGCCGGACUAUUGGCACCUCUUUCUCGAAACAAUCCAAGUGUUAGCACGCUUCAUCGACCUGGACCGGUGAUUGGGAAUGAGGUCAACUCGUGGAACUGGGCCACAUGGAUCGAGAAUGAGAAACGCACGAGGUUGAUGGCAUACAUUUUCUUGAUUGAUGCCUCCUCGUGCAUGUUCUUCAACAUUCAACCGCAAUUCGAUGUGUUCGAGAUUACAACUCCACUGCCCGCAGACGAUGCAGCUUGGGAAGCCAAAUCACCGGAAGAGUGCGCAAGCGCGCUUGGCCUGAGAGGAGAAACAGCGCAAACGAAUAAUGAAUCUGGCAGUAGACGAGCGAAGCAGCUGGGUAUGUCGGAAGCGUUGCGCGUAUUGUACGGAGUUGGCCUUGGCCCCUUUCCCGAACGAGCUACCAACGUGUUCGGAAAGUUCGUCCUCAUACAUGCGAUUCAUAUGCAAAUCUACAAAAUUCAGCGGCAGCUCCUCCAGCGAGCCCCCUCAAGCGGCUUGAGCACGCCUCGAUCGCAGAGUGGGAGCCCUGUAAAUGUCCCCGGUGGUGUCAGCGAACAAACUCAGCAGUUGCUUCGUUCAACAGUCAGUGCCCUCGAGCUGUGGAAAACCUGCUGGGACUCGGAUCUUGCAAUCCAAUUCACCCAAAACCAACACCGGCGUGGCUUCUGCAGGGAUGGAGUCCACUACUACUUUUUAGCCCAACUUUUCCUACGAAAAUCUCGAUCCGAGGAAUGGACUGCACCUGCAGAUUUCCGUUGCCAACACGUGUUCAAUGUUCUGAGACAGAUACGGGCCCAUGUCGCUUCAGACUCCGCGCAAAAGGGCAUCGAAAUCGGAUCAAUCACUACGAUCGCCGACGAUUACGGCAUUGGCGAUCUCACUCUGAAUAUGAGGCGCCUCUUCACACCUCUUGGGGAGGAAUGAGCUGGCCGUGCUGGAUCUCGGCUCCCAGGCCUACCUACCACAAACUAUCAACAUUAUCCGUUAGCUGCCAACCGCGAGCUUAACCACGACAUGGAUAAUAUCUCUUACAUUGGCAUCAUCGGUGUAUCAUCAUCAUCAUCAUCAUCAUCAUCAUCAAAGUCUAAUAUCGCAUCAGCAUCCGUGCUGACUUCUUACUGGCCCAGCAAAAGUCGCGUGCUGGGUCUUGCAUUUC